AUUGGGUCUCUUCUAUAUUCUUCUAUAUCUAUGUCACCGCAGCGCAUUUAUAUGACGUACAGGAAAGUAGCAAACAAGCUAACUGGGGCCGGUAGUUGUUUUUGCAGUUAUUUCAGCUGCCACAGAAUUCGCUCCAAGUAUGGCUCUCCCCCUGCUUUCAAGAUCCCUUGCUGGGCUCCUUGUAGAGUCAUCGUCAAUAACUCAUCAGAGGACUUUUAGUGUAUCUGCUGUUGCAGCAGCCAUUCAAAAGAUGACUAGAGUGCGUGUUGUGGACAACAGCUCCCUUGGAAAUACACCAUAUCACCGUGCCCCAAGAGUGAUCCAUGUCUACACCCAGAAUGGUAUAGGAAAAGUCGGUGACAAAGUGUUGCUUGCCAUCAAAGGACAGAAGAAGAAAGCGCUCAUCGUUGGACACAAAAUGCCAGGAGAUCGCAUGACGCCACGCUUUGAUUCUAACAAUGUUGUUCUUAUUGAGGACAAUGGGAACCCCACAGGAACAAGGAUUAAGGUCCCUAUACCCACACAUCUACGUAAACAUGAGGGAGAAUACUCCAAGGUCCUGGCAAUUGCUAAUGCAUUUGUUUAGUAACAUCUUUAAUCAGGUGUUAUUUUUGAUAUAUACUGUACAUUUCACAUGUUAUGCUUGUAUAUGUUUUUGUCUUCAGUAAACUAUAUUAAAAAAAGCAUACUCUCCUCAAAA